AUGCGCACGGAAACCAAAACUCCGAUUGUUCAGAUCAACAACCAGGGCGAAGAGAUGCUGAAAUCAGAGGCUUCAUGCCGCGAGUUCGUCAAGACUAAAGACCCAUCAACCAUAGCCCGUCAGAUUCAGCUGGACCAAGAAUCAUGUAGGUUAUCAAGACUGCCCAGUCUACUGGCUCUAUACCUCCCCCCGCCAAAAUCCGAGCAAGCCAACGCGAUUGCGCUGCACUUGUACCCCGAAACUUCGAUGUAUUGUCGGUCGAUCAGGAUGGCACAAUACUCUGGCAUGGUACAAGUCAUCAAGGCGUAUUUGAACCAGAUGACUUCUAAUCUUAAGCAUGAGAAGCUAGCAACUGUCGUUGGGGGACUGGAAACUAGGAAGCCUUCGAAGGAACAGAUUCAGACGGCUCUCAAUGUCCUGGAUUUCUUCGUCAAGAACCAAGAUAUGAAUCAAAUCAAUCUCAGGACCUCACUUGAAGACGUAAUCCAUGUCUUACGAAAGGAUCUCGAAAUCCCAUCUGAGACCCAAAACUCGUCUGUUCGAGUUUAUCCGUCAAUUGCUUCGAUGGAGGGACCAGUGUCCAGACGCAAAUGCUACAUCUGCCGUUUUCUGCUUGUUUCCCAUCAUGCUCAAUACUCCUCUCUGUGCAAGCCAUGCGGCGAUUUUAAUCUCGCCUCCUGUGGUCUCUCACUUCCACAGAAUCUCCACCUGGAAGGCAAAACAGCUCUGGUCACUGGAGGGCGAUUGAACUUGGGCUAUCAUACAGCGCUGCGACUCUUGAGAUGUGGGGCGAAAGUAAUUGUCUCAACCCGGUAUCCACGUGAUGCGGAGGUGAGAUAUCUGGCGGAGCACGACUCGGAAUCGUGGCGUGAAAGGCUGAAGAUCAUCGGUGCCGACUUUCGGGCAGCAAGUGAUGUGUUUCAGCUGGUGGAAGCUGUGAAAGAAUGCUUGAGGCGGUGGGAUCUGGAAGGAGAGAAUAGACUGGAUGUCUUGGUCAAUAAUGCUGCCCAAACUCUAACAGAUCCAUUGGAGAAGGAACGCCAAGCAGUCGAACAGGAAAAGCGAUUCCAUGGUUCUAGAUUUCAAAGCCAGUUGUUGCUUGGUGGGUCAGGAUACGAAGCACGAAUCAGAGGUGGUUUUCAGGGGUCGAAAUUACUGGCUUAUGGCGCAAAGCGGACGACGAUGUUUCUGGAAGCCAGCAACGCAGAUCUCGGGCCUCAAAACGCCGUCACGGAUCAAAAUCUCGUACGAAGUAACGACACGGAACUGGUUCCAACCGAGAACAGUCUCAAAUCCUCUUGGAUGCAAUCCCUCCAUGAAAUACCCUACGAGGACGUGAUAACGGCCCAUUCAGUCAAUACCUUGGUACCCUUCAUCCUUAUCCGCGAACUUGUUCCCCUCAUGAGCUCGCCCGGUUCCAGCAGCUCCCGAUCCGAAGCACGAGCAAGCAAACCCCAAGCCUACAUAAUCAACGUCUCAUCUCGGGAAGGAACCUUCGAGUCUUCCCAAGCUCACCCCUCCAAGAACGGACACCAUGUACAUACAAACCUCACCAAAGCCGCGUUGAAUAUGUUGACUGCCACGGAAGCAGCGCCUAUGUGGAAAGAGAAGAGAGUCGCGAUAAAUAGCGUGGAUCCGGGAUACAUGAGUGCAGCGCCGGAGAUUGAGACGCGAUGGUGGGAGAUGGCGAUGGGUGAGCAAGGAGGGGAAGCAGGCAGGUGGGAAUGUCCGAUUGGAUGGGAAGAUGGAGCUGGCAGGGUUCUUUGGCCGAUUGCGGUGGGGGAGAAAGGGGAGGCGGUAUGGGGGAGGUUCUUGAAGCAUUUUAGAGAUGAAGAGGUUGGUUGA